UCACUUUUUUUCUAAUUUGAGAUAUCACCUUCCAGCAUCCUGCUGUUCCUUUCCAUCCUUGAGAGCAGCUGUCAUAUUAUUAGGGAUGCCUUUGCAGCCUCACACACACACACACACACACACAUGCACACACACACACACUGUCUUGCCUCUGGCGUCCUCUUGCCCCCCCACCGUCAUUCCGGAUGACUAGCAUUACCGCCGCUCCAAGAUGCACAGGCCCGGCCCGGAUUAGCGCUUGGCUGUAAUCUGGGACACUGCAGAUUACGCUUUUCAUUUCAUCGGCGAGCGGGGCAGGUCACGUGAGCGGCAGCCAUCUCCUGGAUGGAUAGAUGGAUAGAUGGAUGGAUGGAUGGAUGGAUGGAUGAGAGGGUGGGAAGCAGGAGCACGCAACAUUACACUUCAGUGUUGGAAAGGAUGGACUGAAGAAGGAGCGGGAAGUCCAACAAGGAUGAGUCACAUGCACGCCAUCGGUGGAGAUCCUUAGGAGAGGAGCGAUCGGAGAACAUGGAGCCUCUGGAAGAGUACCGCUCGCCUUUUGACUUUGAGCAAGGCGUCAAUGCCAGCUACCUGUACCUGUCGCCCGCCUCCAGCGACACGCCGCCCAGCUCGCCGGCCCCCCUGAGCCGAGGUCACCAGCAGCGGCAUCUUCUCGAUCCUGUCGCCGAGGUGGGACAGGACGCGGCCAUGACUGUUGGUCCCUCGUCACCUCCCCUCGCCAUGACGGAGGAGGAGCGCCAGGAUCUACAAAUAGAGCUACUCAAGGUGGAGGACGAGAUCCAGACGCUGUCCCAGGUGCUGGCGGCCAAGGAGCGACAGCUGGCCGACAUCAAGAGGAAGCUGGGAGUGACGCCUCUCAACGAGCUCAAGCACAACUUCACCAAGACCUGGCAGGAGGUCACCACCUCCUCGGCCUAUAAGAGGACAUCCGAGACGCUGUCACACGCCGGCCUCAAGGCCACGGCGGCCUUCUCCAACGUGAGCUCGGCCAUCAGUCGCAGGCUGGAGGAUGUCAGCAAGCGCUCUUUGCAGCACUCUGCUAGCAUGCCUGUCAUGAGGAAUGCCCCGACUUUCAAGUCCUUUGGGGAAAAAGUGGAGACAUGGAAGAGCAUGAUGAGUCCGUCAGCGUCAAGCGCCGAUGUCGUCGGUGAGCAAGAGAGCGGCGUUCCCUCCACAGAGCCUCAACAGGAGGACAUGCCCACCCAGGAAACACCCAUGCACUGAGACCCAGCUCAAAACCAAAUGGCCAAAACCGAACCCCUCUCUGACGCGGAAACGCCGUCUGUCACUGUUUGACCUUUUCAUGUGCCAUCCGCCUCCUGUUGGCAACUUUUAGUUUUGUCACUUUGAGGCCAGUCGCUUUAAUUUAAAGUCGUCUUUACACUGUUCUUUUUUUUUUUGUUACAAAGCUACCACACCUUUACUUCCUACUAACUACACAUUCCACUGCCCCCCCCCCCACACACACACAGAUAUAGUCAAGGUUGGGCCAUGUGAGUGUGUCCAAAGUCAAUAUUUGUCCAUCAUUGUUGGCAGAGCUGCUGCUGCAAUGUUACAAACUACACACUCUUCCAUUAAUGUGUGUGUGUGUGUGUCAAAUAGUUAAAAAAAAUAAAAAUCUUUCGUCACUGCA